AUGUACAAUAUCAGAGUGUAUUCCAAAAUGGAGGAACAACUACUACUAAUUGUUGUUAUAUGGUACAUACAGAAAGUACCUGCUGUAGAUGUCAUUAGGUCGUUCGAUUUAAUUGCAGCUGGAGACCAAUCAGGAUGUGCGCUCUUUAACAAUGCUGCUACUCCUGCAAGGAUAUUGACUCCAGGUCCACUAAUAUCGGGCUUUAAUAUGCCUGGACUUGGCGAAAAUGGUCCCCUAGAAGAAAAGGAAGCAACUGUUGGCACAUGUUUGUUUCCGAAUUCUGUUCCUUUGAAUGAUAUUGUUGCAACAGGGGAUGAUCCACGUUUUUUUUCGGUCAUGAGUAUCAUGGCGGUGCCACCAGCAUUUUUCACUGCUUCUCCUUUUUCGAUUCUUGACAAAUCACCACUGGCAGAUUCGCCCACAUAUUUAGCUCCAUUGCCUAAAACUGCUACCGCUCUUAUCUUUCUAUCAGUUGUAGUAGCAGCAACAGUGAGAAUCCACGGAGCUCCAUUCUUUAAAGUACCAACAGCCGGGGGAGGAGGCAUUCCGUUGUCGUUGAAUGAAGGAUGUUUUGGAGUUAUUCCAGAAUCUAGCAAACCAAUAAUCACACCUUUACCAGAAUUUGAAACAUUCCACAAGCCAACAUUCUGUACUUUUGCUGAUCAUUUUACUUAUCAAAAUGAUUUAGAAACUUACAUUGUGCAGCUUGAGUUGCCUGAUGAUUUUGUUUUCUCUGAUUCAAAAGAUUUAUACCUCUGGCAUCAAUCAUUUUUGCCUACAACUUCAGCAAAUUCUGAUCUUUCAUCGCGCAUUAUUUAUUCUUAUCGUCAUGUGUUUAAUGGAUUUGCUGCAAUGUUGUCAUCAGAUGAAGUGAAAAUGAUGGAAAAACAACCAGGAUUCGUAUCCGCGCGUCCCCAAAGAGUGCUACAGUUGCAUACCACACACAGUCCAAAUUUCCUUGGGUUGCACCAGAAUGUUGGCUUGUGGAAUGCCUCAAAUUCUGGUAAAGGUGUGAUUAUUGGUUUAUUAGACUCUGGAAUAAAUCCAAAACAUCCUUCAUUCAACGAUCACGGAAUGCCUCCUCCCCCUGCUAAAUGGAAAGGCAAAUGUGAGUUCAAUUACAAAGCUUGUAACAACAAGCUUAUUGGAGCACGAAACCUUGUGAAGACGGCUAAGUCACCUUUGGAUGGAGAUGGACAUGGGACACAUACUUCAAGUACAGCCGCUGGAAACUUUGUAGUUGGUGCCAAUUUUCUUGGUAAUGCUAAUGGCACUGCUGUUGGUAUUGCACCCGGUGCUCAUGUGGCCAUGUACAGAGUCUGUGAUACCGAUGGUUGUCCAGAAGUUUUUAUCUUAGCCGGUUAUGAUGCUGCCAUUGAAGACGGGGUGGAUGUGAUCUCCAUUUCCAUUGGAGCAACAGCUGUACCUCCUUAUGAAGAAAUCAUGGCAAUUGGAGCGUAUAGAGCAAUUGAAAAGGGGAUUUUUGUAAGUUGCUCAGCUGGAAAUAGUGGACCAUCUAGUGCUACUGUAGAGAAUGGAUCCCCAUGGAUUCUAACUGUUGGUGCUAGUUCAACAGAUAGAAAGAUCAGUGCGGUAGCUGUUUUGGGUAAUGGAGCUGAAUAUGAGGGUGAAUCAGCCUUUCAAUCAACAAACAUCUCAAAAAAAUUAUUGCCCCUCAUAAAUGGUGGUGAUUGUGAGUCAUUGGCUAGCAUUGAUGUCAGGGGUAAAAUAGUGUUGUGUGGAGCCAUGGGUAGCUUGUCUGGAAUCGAAAUAGGACAAGAAGUGAAAAAAGCUGGUGGCGCUGCCAUGAUUCUCAAGAACGAAGAAGAGCAAGGCUAUACAACAUUUGUAACUGUUCAUGUCCUUCCUGCCACACAUGUUAGUUACCUCGACGGACUAAAGAUCAUAGAAUACAUAAAAUCAACAUCAACCCCCGUUGCAACAAUAUCAUUCAAGGGAACAAGAAUUGGAGACAAGCACGCACCAGUAGUUGCUUCCUUCUCUUCUAGGGGACCAUAUACCAUAAGUCAAGGCAUAUUAAAGCCUGACAUCAUUGGGCCUGGAGUGAACAUCCUUGCGGCAUGGAUCAAACCCCCUGCAGGGGUGAUACCAUCUGCUACAUCAACAUUCAACAUUAUUUCUGGUACGUCGAUGUCUUGCCCUCACCUUGCAGGAGUAGCAGCAUUGUUAAAGAGUGCACAUCCCGAUUGGUCUCCAGCUGCAAUUAAGUCUGCAAUCAUGACGACUGCUGAUUUAGUGAACCUUGGCAACAAUCCGAUUCAGGAUGAAAAACUCAACCCUGCUGAUCUACUUACAAUUGGAUCAGGGCAUGUAAACCCAUCAAAGGCAAAUGAUCCGGGCCUAGUUUAUGACAUCCAACCCCAAGAUUAUGUGCCUUACUUAUGCGGCCUAAAGUACACUGAUCAACAAGUUAGUACCAUUGUGAAUAAGAAGGUACAUUGCACGUCGAGCAUAGCUGAAGCAGAGUUGAACUAUCCUUCAUUUUCAAUUGAUCUUGGAUCAAGUGCUCAAACGUACACAAGGACCGUUAUUAAUGUUGGUGAGGCUAAUUCGACUUACACAGUUGAAGUAAUUGGAGUUGAAGGCGUCGUGUUGAGUAUUAAACCUAGUAUAUUGAAAUUUUCAGCUUUGAACCAGAAGUUGUCCUAUGAAGUAACAUUUAAGCGCUCAACUUCAACAGAUUCUUCACAAGGAUACAUAAAUUGGUCUUCAGGCAAGUACUCUGUUAGGAGUCCAGUAUCAAUUUUCAAAUUGUAG